AUGCCACAGAAGCAUUGGCUCCUUCAUCCAACUAAAGAGACACCUGUGGAAGGUUCAAUCAUGUCAUUUUACUGUACAGGAUGUGUACAAUUAAGAAAAGAGGUUAAGGAGCUUAGAAAAAGGCUCCUCAUUCAGGAGAAGCUUCUUGGAGCUUUGCUUAAAAGAGAAAUCAAGCACAGUAUAUAUGUUAGAGGAAGAAGGAGAUGCAUGGAGGAGAAAGAAUCAGAAAAGGAGGAAGUGCAUGGGGAAGCACUUCUUGAAUUUGUAGAGGAGGAUAGGAAGAAGAGGAAAGCAAAGAAAAGGAAGAUUUUGAUGAAGGAGAUGAGGAGGAGGAAGGAAGAGGAUGAUAGAAGGAAGAGGAAAGAAGCAUAUGACAAAAAAAAGCUUCUACAAAAGAAUAAGGAGGAGGAUAGGAAAAAGAUGAAAGAAGAGGAGACUAAGCAGAAGGUAGAGGAGGCAGAGAGGAAGAAGGAUGAAGAGGAGAAGAAGGAUCAAGAGGAGGAGAUGAAGAUGAUGGAAGAUGAGAACAAGAAGAAUGAAGAGGAGGAGAGGAAGAAAAAGGAGGAGAAGAAUGAGAAGGAAGAGGCAGAGAGGAAGAAAAGGAGGUGGAGGAGAAGAAGAAGGAAGCGGAGGAGAGGAUGA